AUGCGAAAACCAAAUGGCAAACAUGUUUUAAAACAAAGUAAGUUAUAUGUGCUUUAUGAGCACAGUGCGGGUUUCGCCCUGUUCCGAGUGGCGGAAUUCGAGGAGCUAGCAGCUUUCUUACCUCAAGUUGAAGAAUCUGUGACCGAUUUGCAAAGAUUUAACUCUGUAGUGACGCUGAUAGCGUUCCAACCUUUUAAAUCUGCUGUGACUGCUUUGGAGAACAUCAAUGCUAUCUCUGAAGGUAUUCUACCAGAAGACCUCAACCUCUUCUUAGAAGGUGGUCUUCCGAAAAGGAAGAAACGUAGCAAAUGCACUCUUGGUGUGUCUGACCCUAAACUCGGGGCAGCUAUCAGCGAGGCCUUGGAGAUCCCUUGCUCCCAUACUGGUGCUGUACCAGAGGUUUUAAGAGGUAUUAGACACCAUUUCCACUCGUUAAUCAAAGGAUUAACACUCAAAGCAUGCAGCGUUGCUCAGCUGGGUCUCGGUCACUCAUACUCCCGAGCUCGAGUAAAGUUCAACGUACACCGAGUAGACAAUAUGAUUAUACAGUCCAUUGCUUUGCUGGAUCAGCUGGAUAAAGAUGUUAAUACGUUUUCUAUGAGGAUCAGAGAAUGGUAUUCCUACCACUUCCCGGAGCUUGUAACCAUCGUACCAGAGAAUUAUCUCUAUUCAAAGUGCGCUGAAUAUAUAAAAGAUCGUAAGACACUCUCGGAUGAAUCCAUAGAACCAUUGACGGAGAUACUCGGUGACUCGGAGAAGGCUCAGGCUAUAGUGGACGCGUCCAAAAUGUCUAUGGGCAUGGAUAUAUCACCGGUCGACUUGAUUAAUAUACAGAUGUUUGCUGGAAGGGUCGUAGCGUUGAGUAAUUACAGGAAGCAAAUAGCAGAAUACUUACAUACAAAGAUGAACUCUGUCGCUCCAAAUCUUACAACACUCAUCGGAGACCAAGUCGGAGCUAGGCUUAUCUCUAAAGCUGGAUCAUUGACUAGUCUAGCUAAGUACCCGGCUUCAACGUUACAGAUACUUGGUGCUGAAAAAGCCCUUUUCCGAGCUCUAAAGACCCGUUCAAAGACGCCCAAAUACGGUCUCUUGUAUCACUCGACGUUCAUCGGACGAGCCGGUCUCAAGAACAAGGGACGUAUCAGUCGAUACCUUGCUAAUAAGUGCUCCAUUGCUUCGAGGAUCGAUUGCUUCUCUGAAAAGCAAACAACAGUAUUUGGUGAGAAACUACGUCAACAAGUGGAAGAUCGAUUAAAGUUCUAUGAGACCGGUGAUAUUCCGAUGAAAAACGUGGACGUCAUGAAACAAGCCAUCGAGGAAGUAACACAGCAAGAGGAAGCACAACAGGAGUCCACGAAAAAGAAGAAAAAGAAGAAGAAGGAAAAGAAAGAAGUAGAAGUCGCUAUGGAUGAGGAUUAAAGAAGAUAAAGAUGUGUAUAGAUAGCUUGUUCUGUAAUAUUUGUUGAAUGUGAAUACUAGUAUGACGAUAAAAAACGAGUGUGCUUUAGACCACAGGACUGAAGUAAAAUUUCUUUAGCUUCAUCUAACUUAUAUCUCCCCAAGUGUCUCAAAAAUGUUUCAUUUCAUCAGAUUAAUGGCUUCUAAUAGUGUCAAAGUAGGAAGAUUUCGUCAAUAUCGCGUUGAAUGAAGGAAACACGAAGGAGAUUAAUAUGUGCGGUUAAUAUAAUAAAACUUUUAUUUAAAGAUCAAUAGAUUUAUAAAAAUCGUAUAAAGCAGAACCUCAGUCAUAUUUUUGUCACAUUACACAAUGUUGAAUUAAUUUAAUGAGAAUCAUCAGCAGAAUAAAUGAUUACUUAAGGGACCGUUAAAAACGUGAAUUAAAUAAUAAGGCCACUGAUAAAGAAUAAUACUUGAAUACAGCUACAAUAAAGUACAAAUACGGGAUAGAAAUUUGGGAGGUAAAUGGAAAUUUGGAAUUUGGCAAAGAAUGUGUUUAUACUAUCUAUACAUGUCUGUAUAACACUACUUUUAAACAUUUGUUUUAUUAUUAAAGAGACCUGACGGCCUCGUCUAAGUACAUUUAUAGAUGUACUUUAUAAUGUAAUUAAAUUUCUACCUUACAA